UGACAUUCUGCCGAAUUCUGCCAUCUGCCAGGCAGAACCGGCUCUGCCAAACCGGCUGGCAGAAUGGCAGACUUCUGCCCACAACACUAACCACGUCAUGAUGCAUGCGUUCUUCUGUCUCUCUUUUCGUAGUGCGUUUUGUACGACUUUUUCCGUUUGUCGCGUCAUGAUGUGUUAUUGCGUGUCUGCUCACUACUAUGGCGACCUCCGCAGCUUAAGGGGAGUCCGUGCAAUGUGUAUAUAAGAGCUUAUCGUUUUCAGUGAUGCUAUACCCCGACGUGUAUUCUCCUCACGCUGUGCGCGAGCCUUAUCACUCCUUGUGUGCAUUUUUCCAUUAUUUGCCGUCCUUUAACUUUUACGCGCAUCUUUGUUCCAUUCUUGAUAUAAGAGCCCCUCCGCUGCGAUAUCCUGGAAGUACUGUCAACGUGCCAUGUCUUACUGCUCGUACCAGCAGUUUUCCCUAUCUUUCCUUGCACUUUUGCCAUUUGUCUCAGCCCAUGGAUAUCUCGCCCAAGUUGUAAUCGAUGGCAAUAACUACUACGGGAAUGUCCCCAAUGCCAAACCCGUUCCCAGCAUCAUCAGACAGAUCAAUGAUGUCGACCCCGUAAUGGGCGCUUCCAACCCAUAUCUCAAUUGUGGACAAGAUGCUCAACUCGCAUCACUUGUCGCCAACGCUAACCCAUCCAGUCAGUUGCAGUUUUGGUGGGACGGUGGUGACGGUGGCCAUUGGCCCCAUAAUACCGGUCCCAUCAUGACUUACAUGGCUCAGUGUGUCGACACGACGUGUGAUCAGUAUGAUUCAACGAACGCGGAAUGGUUCAAGAUCGAGGAGACGGGGCUGCAGCCAGGCAAUAUGGUUUGGUAUCAGCAAAAUAUUAUGAAUGGUUGGCCAGCGAACGUAACCCUUCCUCCAACACUAGCUCCUGGGCAAUACCUCAUACGACACGAGAUCAUCGCGCUGCAUGACGCAGUUGCGAUGGGCGGCGCCCAGUUCUACCCUAGCUGUACGCAGGUUAAUAUUCAGGGUGACCAAUCGGACGUCGCCCCAGCGAGCGAUGAAGUCACUUUUCCAGGCGGGUACAGCGAUGACGAUCCAGGAAUUUACGACCCAACGGUUUUUAACAGGCCCGUGCAGUACACGUUUCCUGGGCCUCCAGUUGUCUCGUUCGCUGCACCGGUGUCAAAUACUUCGUCGCCGACAUCUUCGAAUUCCAGCUGA